AUGUCUUCGCCAUUCAAAAACAUUAUCAUCGUCGGAGCCACUGGCUCAAUUGGCUCUAUCAUGCUAGACGCCCUAGUCAAAGAACCUUCCUUCACAGUCUCCGUCCUCCAGCGUUCAUCUUCAAAGGGCAAACUCCCAUCAAACGUCAAUGUCAUCAAAAUCGAUGAUUCAUACCCAACUGAAGAACUCAUCUCUGCUUUCACCGGCCAAGACGCUAUUGUCAACUGCAUGACCUCCCUGGCCGUCGCCGAUCAACUCCGCUUCGUCGAUGCUGCAGUCGCUGCGAAAGUGAAGCGCUACGUCGCGUCUGAGUAUGGUCUUAACAACAACAACCCUGAUGCCAGAGCCUUGAACUCCGUUUUCCGAGAGAAGGGCCAAGUGCAGGAUUACCUUCGCUCCAAAGAAUCUACUGGUCUAGAGUGGAUGGCCAUCGCUUGUGGCAUGUGGCUCAAGUGGAGUGCCGUACACGAUUUUCUGGGAAUGCACAUCAAGGACAAGAGGUUUGUUGUUUGGGAUGAUGGAGAGGGCUGGUUCAGCUGUACCACUGAAGCCAACACGGCUCUUGCUAUGGUCAACGCCCUCACUAAGAAAUGGGAAGAGACCAAGAACAGAAUUGUCUGGUUGAGUGACUUUGCUAUUACGCAGAACAUGCUCCUUGAGACUAUUGAGCGUGUUAGUGGGGAGAAGCUGGCUGUUGAGAAGAUUAAUAGUGAGAAGUUGAUUAAAGAUGGCCAGGCUGCUGUGGCAGCGGGAGAUCCUUACGCUGUCUAUAAUUUGAUCGAGACGGGGUUUGUCACGGGGCGGUUUGGAGGACAUCUUGAGAAGGAGGGUGAGAUCAUGAAUGACCUGUUGAGUUUGCCAAAGCAGGACUUUGAGGAGGUUGUCCGUGCCGCUUUGGAGGCUGUCAAAGAGUCUUGA